ACCGAGAAAAAAAAAAUAACAAUAAAACCAUGUAAAAUUUUGUCCAUCUAAUCUCCUGCGGUGUUGUUUCUAAUCUUUAAAGUUAUUGUGUUGAAAAAAAAAAAAAAAAUAACAAAACAUCACAACAAAGCGUGUCUUUAACACUUGUAUAUUUUUCGCAAGAAAAAAAAUAUUAUAAACAUUGUCUAAUAAAUUUAAAAGCCUCUGUCGGUUUUUUUUUUUUUCUUCUUUUGUAUAAUUCUUCUGAAGAUUUUCACCUCAGUCUGUCGUUGUCAGUUGAACAGUAAUCAUCAUCAUCAUCAUCAUCAUAAAAGUAAUAAAUUUAUUAAAUAAUGGAGACGACAACCAUGCCAAUGGAUGCUGGUGCAAAUUGUAAUAACAAGAGUCAACCUGAUACACUACCAUUUGAAGAGUCACAAUCACAGAAAUUACAACAAUCAUCACAAGAAAUUGAACUUAAAAAAGGCACAUGGGGUAUUCUUCAUCCUCAUCCUGAUUAUAUAACAGCAUAUAAACAGAGACAACUUGAUCUACAUGAUCAAGGCCAGUCAAUCAAUCACCAGCCACUUGAACCACGUUGUCUAGUAAAAGAUGAAUACACAGCUGGACGUUUAGAACAUUUGGAUAUUCAGUUCACUGAACAAAAUACCGAGUUAAAAAGAUUGCUUCAAAUAAGUAAAACACAAUUUAUAAUAAAACGUGAAAGAAUAACAAAUUAUGAAACAGCUAAUUAUAAGGGUGACUUUGUUGUUGUUAUUUAUGACAAAAGUUCAAAUGGUACAUUUGUCAAUCAAAAAAAGUUAGAAAAUAAAAAAGCCAUAUUAUUUCAUAAUGACUCAAUAAGUAUUGCCAAACCUGAUUAUGAAGUCUUCAAGUAUGUACCAUCAACAGUUCUACCUAAUUCAGAUGAAAUACCAUCAGAGUUGGCUAAAAAUUAUGUGGCUUUGAGAAUUUUAGGACGUGGUAUUUGUGGACCAGUUAGAUUAGUUUAUUCAAAAACUAAUUAUUGUCCAUUUGCAUUAAAAUGUAUAACAAAAAAUGGCUUAGAUAAAACAGCUCAUAAAGAUUUAUUAGUUAAUCCAGAAGGUUUUAUGAAUGAAGUUGACAUAUUAAAAGGAUUGAAACAUCCAAAUGUUAUUAAAAUGGUACAUGCAAUAAAUACACCAUUAAAUUUAUUUAUCAUGCUUGAAUUAAUGCAAGGUGGUGAAUUAUUUGAGAGAAUUAGAAAAAAUGUUGGUUUAUCAGAAAAACUAGCUAAAUUUUAUUUUUAUCAAAUUGCAACAGCUGUUGAAUAUCUUCAUGGCAAAGGCAUAACACAUCGUGAUCUUAAACCAGAAAAUAUAUUGUUAUUAAAUAAUGAUGAAUAUACACUUGUUAAAGUAACUGAUUUUGGUAUGUCAAAAUUGGUUAAUUAUAAAACAAUGAUGAAGACAUUUUGUGGUACACCAUAUUAUGCUGCACCAGAAAUAUUAGCAAGUAAAGGAGCUGCACAAUAUACAAGCAAAGUUGAUGUAUGGAGUUUGGGUGUAAUAUUAUAUGUCAUGUUAAGCAGCUGUGUACCAUUUACAAAGAGAGGAAAUAAGGAGCUAAAUGAUGUUAUUAUUGAGGGCAAAUUUGGUUAUCCACCAGAUAGAUUUGAGCAUGUAUCAGGUAAAGCUAAACGUUUAAUAGACAGAAUGCUCAUUGUCAAUCCAAAUGCCAGGUACACAGUAUCAGAUGUUGUUGUAAGCUCAUGGCUGGAUGAUGGAGAAUUAAUUAGGAAAAUUUCGAAAACUUUACAGCCAUAUAUUAAUAGUAAUAAUUAUGAUAGUGAAAAUACAAGCCCAAAUGUUGACAGUGGAAUUGGUAGCUUACAACGUCGUGAUAAAUUUUUAAAUGACAUUCAAAUGAAACGUCCACGUUUUGAAUAAUACAUUUGACAAUGAAUAGCAAACAUUUUGGAUUUAUCAGUUGAUCAACAAAAUUUUAAUAAUAAUAAUAUAAACAACACCCAGAGCACGAAAAUAACAUGACAAAAAAAAUAAACAAUGAGACUUAUUUUGUUGAUCAACUGAGUCACUGAUAAAU